CACUAAUUCAAUUGGUGAUAUUUACCUUUGACAAAUUUGAUGAAAAAAAUAUACAUAAAAUACGGGUAUAAAUAUAAGUAUAUAUAUUGCUUUAAAAGGAGGUUCCCAAAAUUAAUACGGGUAUAAAUAUAUGUAUUUUUUGAAAAAAUAAAAAUAAAUAAAAUAAAUAAAAAUAAAAUAAAAUAAAGAUGGGGGGAGGAAGCAGGUAGUAGUACAAUAAUUAAGAAAAAUUGAAGUGGUUUAGCAGUGUAAUACGAGUAGAACACAAGGCAAACAGGAGAGGCAUUUCGCAUUUGCAAUUUGUUCCGAUUUCUGCAUCUGAAAAGUGCCGUCAUCCCCAAAUCGAAAUACGAAUAUUUAGAAGAAAAGAUUUGUUUACCAGAAAUCGAAUUCAGCCAUGAUGAUUUUGCUAUGCUGAAAUCGGAUUGUGCCUUUUAAACCCCCAUACAGUACAAUACAUACAGACAUACAUACAGAUACGGCUUCAAGUCUCCAUUACUAAUCAUGACUUGUCUGGAGCUGCAACCUGCUUCGUUGUCGUGUAUGCUCAACACCGAAAUUGGUGCUGUAUUGGCUGUUAUGAGAAGAAAUGUCAGAUGGGGUACUCGUUUUACUUCUGCUGAUGAUCAACAGGAGCACUCUCUCAUUCACUCUCUUAAGCUACUCCGAAAGAAAUUGUUCACGUGGCGUGAUCACUGGCACAACAUCGAUCCUGUCAUCUAUCUCCGCCCUUUCCUGGAUGUCAUUCAGUCUGAAGAAACUGGCGCUCCUAUUACUAGUGUUGCUUUGUCGUCUGUUUAUAAAAUCUUAACGCUCGAUUUUUUUGAUAUGGAUACCGUUAAUGUCCAAGAUACAAUGCAUUUCAUUGUUGAUGCAGUCACUAGCUGUCAUUUUGAGGUUACCGAUCCAGCGUCUGAAGAAGUUGUACUCAUGAAGAUUCUUCAGGUUCUUUUAGCUUGCACAAAAUGUAAAGCUUCAGUUGCAUUGAGUAAUCACCAUGUUUGCAACAUAGUCGAAACCUGUUUUCGGGUUGUUCAGCAAACGGGCGCCAAGAGUGAGUUAUUGCAGCGUAUUGCUCGUCACUCAAUGCAUGAACUUGUCCGCUCAAUUUUUGCACGCCUUCCAGAACUUGACAGCGUAUGUCAUGAGCUGGAUAGUGAGGGAAGCUUGAUUAAUCAUCAGAUCCAGCAGGUUAACCAUGAUCCAAUUCUUGGUAGUCCACAUCCUGAUUCUAAUGAUAACUCUCCAAAAUACAGUACACUGUCUGUGACAUGUUCUAUUUCCAAUUCUUCUACUCCCUUGGUUGAUGGUCUAACCAAUGGAACCGCAACCAUGGAUGCAGUGCAAUAUGAUUCACAUCUCCAGAAUCAGCAAUUUGGAGUCCCAUGUAUGGUUGAGAUACUUCAGUUUUUGUGCUCUUUGUUGAACAUUAUAGAGCAUGCAGAUAUGAGUCGGAAAUCCAACUCUUUGGCUUUUGAUGAAGAUGUACCCUUUUUUGCCUUGAGCUUGAUUAAUUCAGCCAUCGAGCUGGGUGGAGCUUCAUUCCAGAGGCACCCGAGUUUACUAAACUUAAUUCAAGAUAAUCUAUUCUGCCACCUGAUGCAAUUUGGCAUGUCUAUGAGUCCACUCAUUCUUUCUAUGGUUUGUAGCAUUGUUCUUAAUCUGUAUCAGCACUUGCGCACUAAGUUGAAACUACAGUUGGAGGCUUUUUUUUCUUCUGUGAUUUUGAGACUUGCACAGAGUAGAUACGGAGCUUCAUAUCAGCAGCAGGAGGUUGCAAUGGAGGCCCUUGUUGAUUUUUGUAGGCAGAAAACAUUUAUUAUGGAGAUGUAUGCUAACUUUGAUUGUGAUCUUUCCUCUAAAAAUGUAUUUGAAGAGUUGAUUAAUUUGCUGUCAAAAAGUGCAUUUCCAGUGAAUACUCCUCUCUCCACAAUGCAUAUCCUUGCUUUGGAAGGCUUGAUUGCAGUGAUCCAGGGGAUGGCUGAGAGGGCUGGUGUUGAACAUGUUGGCCUGGGUAACACUGGCAUCACAGUUGAGGAGUAUAAACCAUUUUGGUUGUUCAAGUGUGAUGGUUAUGACGAACCCUGUCACUGGGUGCCAUUUCUUCGCCAAAUGAAGUAUAUCAAGCGGCGGUUGAUGGCUGGUGCUGAUCAUUUCAAUCGUGACCCUAAGAAAGGGUUGGAGUUUCUUCAAAGUACGCAUUUGCUACCUGGGAAACUUGAUGCUCAAAGUGUUGCUUGUUUUCUAAGAUAUACUUCUGGGUUAGAUAAGAAUAUUGUUGGAGAUUUUCUGGGAAAUCAUGAGGAAUUUUGUAUCCAGGUCCUUAAUGAGUUUGCUCAGACUUUUGAUUUUAAGGGAAUGAGUAUGGAUACUGCUUUGCGGAUCUUUUUGGAAACAUUCAGACUCCCUGGAGAGGCGCAAAAGAUACAGAGAGUGCUGGAGGCGUUCUCAGCAAGAUACUAUGAGCAGUCACCACAUAUUUUAGCAAACAAGGAUGCUGCACUUCUGCUUUCUUAUUCAAUUAUAUUGCUGAAUACUGAUCAGCACAAUUCGCAGGUGAAAAAGAAGAUGACAGAGGAGGAUUUUAUACGAAAUAAUAGGCAUAUUAAUGGUGGUAAUGAUCUCCCUCGAGAACUACUGUCUGAGCUGUACAGAUCAAUCUGUAAGGAUGAGAUACGAAUUACUCCAGAGCAAGGCUCUGGUUCUUGUGAAAUGAGACAGUGCCAUUGGAUUGAUCUGAUGCAGAAGUCCCAAAAUACAUCCCCGUACAUUGCAGCAGCUUAUAAGCCGUAUCUUGAUGACGAUAUGUUUGCUAUAGUAGCAGGCCCAACUGUUGCUGCUAUCUCUGUCGUAUUUGAUCAUGCAGAGGAUGAGGAUGUUUACCAACUUUGCACCGAUGGCUUCUUAGCUGCUGCUAAGAUUGCAGCAUAUCUACAUCUUGAUUCUGUGCUUGAUGAUAUAGUCAUCUCUCUUUGCAAGUUCACAACUCUCUUGAAUCCGUCAUAUUUAGAGGAGUUUCUGUUGGCGUAUAGUAAUGACACAAGGGCUAGGAUGUCAACAAUUGCAGUAUUUAAUAUUGCAAAUAGUUAUGGUGACUGUAUUCGAACAGGCUGGCAAAACAUACUGAACUGCAUAUUGCGAUUUUAUGAGUUUGGCUUUCUUUCUGCUUUUGCCGUCUGUGAUGCUGCAGACGAACCUGUGUUCUCUGCUACCCCUGGACAUGUAAAGUCUCUUGCAAAUUCAUCUUCUUCACCCCACAUACAAACAAGUGUUGCUCCCAAGAAACCUUCUGGGCUGAUGGGUCGCUUCAGUCAACUCCUAUCUUUUGAGACUGAGGAGCCAAUAUCACAGCCCUCUGAAGAAGAUCUUGCUGCUCAACAGUGCACCAAAGAGAUAGUUCAGAAGUGUCAAAUCAACAAUAUAUUUACUGAGAGCAAAUUUUUGCAAGCUGAUUCCUUGAUGCAUCUGGUAUGUGCAAUUGUUGCAGCAGAGAAAAUACAGACAGAAAGUGGCUAUCCUGAAGAUGAAGCGAAUGCAACUUUUUGUCUCGAUUUAUUGAUUGCUGUUACUCUGAACAACCGGGAUAGGAUCUCACUGCUAUGGAAGUCUGUGUACGAGCACAUUUCUAAUAUUGUUCAAUCAACUAUGGCUCCAUGUGCUUUGGUGGAAAAGGCUGUUUUUGGGCUCCUGAGGAUUUGUCAACGCUUACUCCCUUAUAAAGAAGAUCUAGUUGAUGAACUGUUAAGGUCACUGCAGUUAGUUCUGAAGCUUGAUGCUCGAGUUGCUGAUGCUUACUGUGAACAAAUUACACAGGAAGUUGGACAACUUGUGAAGACAAAUGCCAAUCGCAUUAGAUCACAAAUGGGUUGGCGUAUAAUCCUAUCUCUUCUUGCAAUUACAGCACGGCACCCAGAGGCUUCUGAAGCUGGAUUUGAAACACUGUCGUUCAUAAUGAGUGAGGGAGCCCACCUCUUGCCUUCAAACUUUGUUCUUUGCGUUGAUGGAGCAAGGCAAUUUGCAGAGUCUCGUGUGGGUGAAGUGGAGCGAUCUGUUCAUGCACUGGAUCUGAUGUCAGGAUCAUUGACUUGCCUGGUUAGGUGGGCACUUGAGAGCCAGGAAGUUACAAAUGAGGAUGAUGCUGCUAUGCUCUUUCAGGAUAUUGGUGAGAUGUGGUUUAGACUUGUGCAAGGAUUAAAAAAGCUUUGUUUGGAUGACCGAGAAGCAGUUCGGAAUCAUGCCCUUUUAUCUCUCCAAAAAUGCUUGAGUGGAGCACAAGAUAUUCAUCUUUCACACAAUGUGUGGUUGCAGUGUUUUGAAGUAGUCAUGUUUCCACUACUUACUGACGUUCUUGAAAUUGCACUUGGGCAGUCUUCAAAAAUGUACAGAAACAUUGAAGCCAUGCUAGUAGUUGCCAUCAAGCUCCUAUCUAAAGUGUUCUUACUAUCAUUUAAUGAAGUUAUGCAAUUACCAACAUUCUGCGAUCUGUGGAUUACUGUUUUAAGCCAGAUGGAAACUUAUAUGAUGGUCAAAAUUAGAGGGAAGAAGAGUGAGAAACUUCAGGAACUAGUUCCCGAGCUUCUCAAAAACUCUCUGCUUAUAAUGAAGACACGGGGAGUGCUUAUACCAGGGACUGGAUCUGGUGGAGAUAGCUUAUGGGAAAUAACAUGGUCACAUGUGAAUAAAAUUGCACCAUCCUUGCAAGCUGAAGUGUUUUCAGAUGCAGAUUUGGAUAGAGGGCAGCAUAAUCAGAUUAAGAAAGAAGCAAUCCAGGCUUCUGCUUGUGUAGUUUCUACCCCAAGCAAUCCUGUGGCUUUAGAAGGUUGAUACGAGGACAUACUCUCACAUGGCAUGGCCUGACAAUGAGUUUUUGGGGGCUACCAGUUCUUAUUGAUACUCAGUCGUAGAGAAGAUACGGAAACAUUGUUCAAGAUGCUCUUUUGUGCUGAAUUGUCGAACUGGUGAGCUCCAUUAAAUCACCUCAAUUAUGGUCAAAAUACUAAAAUUUGAAGUUGGUAGUACAGAUACAAAGAUGGAUCUAAAGGUCCAGUCACUUCUAUUUUUGGUAAAUGUUAAUCUUGUUAGUAUUCAUUUAAUUGUUCAUUUUCUCAAUUAUACUUACUGUGUAUAUAUAGGAGUUAUAGGCAGGCACUGCAAUUUCCGUGCAGGCUUAUCCUCCACAGAUCACAGGCAAUCAAGGAUAGUAAACUACUUCCUUUAUGUCAAAUACUUGUCUCUUUGCAAGAUCAUAAAGUUGUAUGGAUGAUUGUUUAUGGGGUUAAUAUUGCACAUAGUUCAGGUGAUUUUUUCUUUCCA